AUGUUUCGCCUCUUGGACGACCGCGAUGAUGACGACCAAGUCGAGUUGCGCAUCAUCACCGGCGACUUCAACUUCCCAGCCGGCGCCAAAGGAGAAGAAGAGGGAGUGAGCAAGGACUACGUGGACACAUGGAACGCUCUGCGACCCGACGAGCCGGGCCACACCAUCGGCAUCAACUACCCCAGACCGCGAUCACGACCCAGCCGAUAUGACCGAAUCCUCUAUCGGUCGACAUCAUCGUCAUCGUCAUCGUCUUCAUCGUCGUCAUCGUCGACCUGGUGCGUGCAGGAAGUGCGGACUGUGGGCGCCGAGUCCAUUGGCACCAGGGGCGCCGGCAAGGACAUCUUCCCCUCCGAUCACCUGGGCGUGUUCGCCGUUCUCCGCGGCCAAACUCCCUGA